UAUCUUAUCGCGUUGAACUCUUUCGCUCUUCACGUAUUCGCAAAUCCAAGUAAUUUCUCAAUUUUCCAAAAUAGCUAGCCCGACUUCACGCUCCAAGAGCGUCUAGUUAAUAGUAAAGUAUAAGAUUUCGGGUCAUUUUCACUGCGUCAGUCUUCCUGUUUGCUUCGUUGGUGUUUUAUUACUAAAAUAUGGCAGAUAAAAACGUUCACUCCUGCUUGGUGUCCAAGAUUGCCAUCACUCUAUCGGUCUUCGGUUUGUUGUUGUGCUGUGGUGUGUUCAUACGAACAGAAUUGAUGCUAAACGAGCUGCAUUCAAGAGACAUCAAGCUGACAGACAAGAUGACUUCAAAACACGACAUGAACGAUGGCCAUCGAUUCGACAAAGAUCAUCAUUCAGAGAGAACAUUUGCGAAACAAGAAGCAAAGCAAACAAAAGAAGUUUUAACAAGAAAAGUAAGAGAUGUUACAACUGUAGUCAACAGCACCAUUAAUGAUGAUGUAUUAUCAAAGAAAAUCCAUCAAGUUGUGGGAAAAGCAGUUGCCAAUUUACAAUCUGCCAAAUACUGGAUUCCUAUUCCAGGACCUCCCGGUCCACAAGGAAAACCUGGUCCAAGAGGACCGAGAGGACGCAUGGGUAAAACUGGACGUCGAGGAAAACAAGGRCCGCGUGGUUUUCCUGGAAAGAUCGGACUUCCUGGUCCCAGAGGAAUGCCUGGACCAAAGGGACCAAAGGGAGAUCGUGGUCCUUCCUUAGCACGUCCAGCAGUACUCAUUUCACCAACACAUCUCAUCGUCAAUGAAAGCCAGUCCGCCAUCUUACAUUGUUCCUCUAGUGGUUAUCCUCGACCUGAUGUUGUGUGGAGUAAAAACAACGGUACAUUACCACACAAGCGAGCAGUAGCUGAUAGCACUGGCAAACUUGAUAUCAAACACGUGACUACCAAUGACUCAGGAAUCUAUCAGUGUAAGGCCUCUAAUCUUCUUGGCAGCACACAAACAACAGCGAAACUCCAAGUGAACUUCCGCCCAAGACUGACCUUGAACAAAGAACCAAUCUACAGAAAGAUUGGUGAUGACAUUCGUCUGCCCACUGUCACGUGACUGGAAUUCCUGAGCCAAAAGUCACGUGGUCAAAAGCUGUUGGUUCUUUGUCUAAUAGUCGUUAUCUUGUCAAUGAUGAACAAUUAACAAUACUUAGAGCGAAGAAAGAUGAUUCAGGGAUAUA